CUAACACUAGAUAGUCACUAGACAACAGACACAAAAGCAUAUAAGCAAAAAAUACAAAACAAAUUAUGGCUUCUUCAUCACUCAUCAGUGUAGCCCUAACCCUAAUCUUGAUCUUCCACCUCAUGCCGGAAACAACCGUCGCUCGUCGUCUUACUGAUCAGAAGCCGAGUGAUGAAGUAGUCACCACCACUACCGACGAAGCUAACAACCUACCGUUUCCACCGGGCUUGCCAUUUGGCGGUGUUCCUCCGUUACCGUCACUUUUUCCGCCGUUUGUACCUUCUCCGUUCCCUGGAAAUAUCCCACGUUUACCAUUUCCGUUUCCGUUUCCGACAUCACCUCCGGCGCCAUCCCUUCCUGGUUUCCCUGGCUUUACGUUUCCUCCCCUGCCAUUCCUCACACCGCCACCUCUGUGAACGUAUACGUUAGCGCCGUUAUAAUGUUAGUUAUCCCGUUGGAAUAAUCUCAUGGUAAUUUCGAUAAUCAUCAUGUGUACUCGAUGAUAUAAUACUGGUUUUUAAUGAAAAUUUUAAUAAAGAUAUGUUGUGUACUUGUGUUUGUGUAAAUGUAACACAAUGUUGAUCUAAGAAAUAAAGGACCGAUCGAUUUGAGGAUGUCAACAUUGUAUUUGAGAACGGCUCAAGUUGCAUGUGUUGUUUUAAAAGUUUUAUUUAAUUCUAAUUAAUAUUGUUUUUUUAUAUAGUUCAUAAAGUUUAG